AUGCUGUCUCACGCCGACCUCCUGGACGCCCGGCUCGGGAUGAAAGAUGCGGCCGAGCUGCUGGGCCACCGGGAGGCUGUGAAGUGCCGCCUGGGCGUCGGCGGCUCCGACCCGGGGGGGCACCCGGGGGACCUGGCUCCCAACUCGGACACGGUGGAAGGGGCCACGCUGCUGCCCGGGGACGACAUCACCACGGUGGGCUCCAACCCCAGCUCCUUAGCAGUCAGCGCCAAAGACCCCGACAAACAGCAGGGGCAGCAGGGCGGGCAGAACCCCAGCCAGCCCGGACAGCAGCAGGGGCAGCAGAAGCAGAAGCGGCACCGGACCCGCUUCACCCCGGCGCAGCUCAACGAGCUGGAGAGGAGCUUCGCCAAGACCCACUACCCUGACAUCUUCAUGAGGGAGGAGCUGGCCCUCCGGAUUGGCCUCACCGAGUCCAGGGUGCAGGUCUGGUUCCAGAACCGCCGCUGCAGCCUGGCGGCCGGGCCGCCGCCCAACUCCAUGGGCCUGUCCAACAGCCUGGCGGGCUCCAACGGCGCCGGCCUGCAGUCGCACCUCUACCAGCCCGCCUUCCCCGGCAUGGUGCCCGCCUCGCUGCCCGGGCCCAGCAACGUCACGGGCUCGCCGCAGCUCUGCAGCUCCCCGGACAGCAGCGACGUGUGGCGGGGCACCAGCAUCGCCUCCCUCCGCCGCAAGGCGCUGGAGCACACAGUGUCCAUGAGCUUCACCUAA